GCAUCCUUUGUUGCUCUUUCAUCUGGUUGGGUAGACAGAGAGGGAAGCACAGGGAAAGGAGGAGAGAGAGAUGAGAUGGAGCGCCGAGCUGCGCGAAGCAAUAAAUAGAAAUUAAGGUUCGAGCCGCCUCCAUGGCGGCGUUUGCAGACGCUCUCUAGAAUUCCUCCCCGGCAGCAGCAGCAGCAGGCGAGGAGCACCCGCUCCAACCCAUCAUCCCCGGCCUCUUCUCCCUCCUCCAAUCCUUCUUCUUUAUAUAGCCUAGCCACGCACUUCACUCUCCUCACCACCCCAAAAAGCAGCUUACCCCACUCCUCCCAAGCUCCUCCCUCCUAGUGAAGCAAAGCCAAAGCCUUAGGACGAUCCAAGGAAUUAACCAGGAGGAGAUCGAGAAUUAGAGGCAAGAUCGAGCUACCUAUUAUUCUCCCAGCAAGACGCAAAGGACGAGGUGAGAGUGAGAGGGAAGUGAGCAAGGAAGUGAACAAGCAAGUGGCCGGAGCUUCUUGAUGGGUGUUGGCUUCCGUGGAUGGCUGGGUUCUCUCUGAGGGGAGGCGGCGGCGGAGGAGGAGGAAGCGGGGGCAGGAGCGGAGAGCGGGGCGGUGAUCAUCCAAUCGGGGCAGACAGCCUGUUUCUGUACGCGCGAGGCGCGGCCGCCGCUGCCGCCGACACGGCGGGCGGCGGCGGCGGGGGAGGAGGAGGGAUAGGGUUCCAGCUAUGGCACCCGCACCACCAGCAGGCGGCGGCCGUGCCGCAUACGUCGCAGUUCUUCUCCUCCGGUGUAGCCACUGGCGUCGUGCUGGGCUUCUCGCCGCAUGACGGCGGCGGAGUGGGCGGCAUCGGCGUGGGUGGCGGCGGUGGCCCGGGGGGUGGGAGGGCCGGCACGAGCUGCCAGGACUGCGGCAAUAACGCCAAGAAGGACUGCACUCACCAGCGGUGCCGCACCUGCUGCCGCAGCCGCGGCUUCAACUGCUCGACCCACGUCAAGAGCACAUGGGUCCCUGCCUCCAAGCGCCGCGAGCGCCAGCAGCAGCUCGCCGCUCUCUUCCGUGGUGCCGCCGCCAACAAUAGCGCUGCUGCCGCCGCUGCCGUGGCCAACAAGCGGCCGCGCGAGCUGGUGCGCUCCCUUGGCCGCUUGCCAUCCGCCACCAACGCCAUGGUGGACACCACCACAUCCUCCGGCGAGGGAGACGGGAGGUUCCCGCCGGAGCUGAGCUUGGAGGCGGUCUUCCGGUGCGUGCGGAUCGGGCCUGUGGACGAGCCGGACGCGGAGUUCGCGUACCAGACGGCUGUGAGCAUCGGCGGGCACACGUUCAAGGGGAUCCUGCGGGACCACGGGCCUGCGGAAGAGGCGGCGGGGCAGCUGCCACCGACGUCGGCGGAGUACCAUCAGCUGACAGGGGGCGGGAGGGAGGGUUCAUCGCCGGCUGGGAGCAGCGAGGCGGUCGGCGGUGGCGGGCACGGGACGACGGCUGCGACAUCCGCUGCGGUGCUCAUGGACCCCUACCCGACGCCGAUCGGCGCUUUCGCAGCAGGCACCCAGUUCUUCCCUCAUAACCCUAGAACCUAGCUUCAAUUCCUGCCAUGAAUUUCAUUUACUCUCAAAGAUGAUGAUCUAGUUGCAUUGAUCAAAGUGGAGCAAAACUGCAAAAGCAAGCCAAGAAGAUCGAAGAAGAGGAGGAUAAUUGUUGUCUGUCCGAGUACUUGUCGUUGGUGAUGAACACUAAUGCAUCUUGUUAGCUAGCUACUACCAUUUCUUGUUGAUCCUUCCAUGCAUCUUGAUUUUCAGUAUGAUUAAUUAGCAAUGACCUUAAUGCAUUGGUGCAAUUAAAGAGAGAUAAAAAUAAGUGUAUGUUAAGCACUUCCAUUUGAAAUUGUUUACUACUCAA